UUUGUUCGUGUGUUCGUCAUUUUAUUUGGUCACACUGGCUUUGGUCUUCAGCCUCUUGUGUGUUUACACCUCUGCUUUGUGGGGUGAACUGAAACCAACGUCACUGGUUGGAAACGAUAAAGAGUGAGAACAGAAAGCAGAUAUUCAGAACGAUAGCUAGUCUACCAACCUGAUGAAAUGGACACUUUUAAGCUCUGGUUUACAUUGCUCUGUGUUUAUAAUGUCUGGAUUUUAACUCUGGCUGGUGACUGUGACUGGGCGGUCCAAUUCAAAAAUGGUGGGAAUUGUUGUCAAGCCUGCCCUUCAGGGGAGUAUCCCACAAAAAAAUGUUCAGAGAACAAUGGUAAGAGUGUGUGUGGGAAAUGUCCAGCAGCUUCGGACGAUUUAAGAUGCUUCUGUACUGACAAGCCUUUAUGCAGUGACGAUAAAUGCUCUGGGUGUGUGCCCAGACCAACAUGUCCACCUGGCUUUCGACUGAUCAGAGAUGGGAACUUUGAUUACUCUUACAAUUGUAAGCCGUGUGCUGACGGGACAUACAAGGAUGAUGAGGACGGAACCUGUAAAUCCUUUGCAAAGUGCGAUGGCUUUAAAAUGAUCUUCGCUGGAAACAGAACCCACAAUGCAAGAUGUGCUGGUUAUGACACAAAUGCAAAAGAAGCAAGUAAAGCACCCCAUAUUGACAAUUAUUACUACAUUAUGAUGGCCUGUUUAACAUUCACUGUCUUUAUCUGCCUGCUGCUUGUCAUGUACACUGCUUCUCUACAUUUCAAAUGCAGAAAGCAUAGAACAUUAUUUCAACCAUACACACACAAGGUGGCUUUGCCCUCAGAUGCAUGUAAUUGCAAACUAUCAAAGGAGGAAAUGGGUGAUGAUGAAAGUGACUCCAAGACAACUUCGGAACUCUCUUUAAAGUGUGAACCCUUAAUACCUUGAAAGAUCUUUUUGAAAAACAGACAAUAAACUGGCCUUUUCUUCAGCUUUGGAUAUAACAUCUAUGACAAUCAGCUUAUCUUGAUGCAGUAUGAUCUACUAUGAAACAAAUAAUGAAGACUUGCUGAUCAUGUGGAUGGUCCCUUUGACCUUGGACAGAGUACCUGUGAUUAAGAACUUCCUCUCUGAGUCAGAUGUUUACCAUUGAUUUAUUUUGUCAAACCACUUAAAUACCACUCAGGUGUUAAAAAACAGUGAACAGCAGACAGUAAUUGAAAGAUGCAACUAUGUAUUUUACUAAGUUUUUUAAACAUCAGUUAACAGUUAAAAUUGAAACAGUUUAUCAAAUUAUUCUGUCAUUUUGUUUGUUGUAGACUUUCUGGAACAAAAGUCUGUAGACUGUACAGUAAAUUGUACCUAACUUAAACUUAUUUUCAUGCAAUACAAUGAAUGGGGAAUGAAGUGAAUAUGACUUUAGAAGCAACAGUGUUGUAGGAGAACCACAUUUAAGUGAUGACUUGCACUUAUAAAUCUUAUGUAAAUCUUGUUUAAAGUUUCAAAACAUUGCUUAACUUAUUCUAUUUUUUGCAUAUUCUGUUAUUUGCUGUAAUCUGUGAAAAUAAAAUAUACAAAAAUAGAGACUUUACUAUAUUAAUGUUAAUAGAUGUUUACGGCAGUUAAUCGGAUUUUAUUAUACAAUAUUUUUGAUAAAUAUUGUAAAAAUGUGUGCUAAUUUGAUUAAAUCCUGUUUGUUGUCAAAUGAUACGGUAUUCUACUG